AUGUUGGCAGUUAAAUCAUCAAUGCGUUAUUUCUCAACUACAGCUCCAGCUCUCAAGACCAUCAAAAUUGGGUUGAUCCCAGGUGACGGAAUUGGAAGGGAAGUAAUACCAGCUGGUCAAAGGGUUUUAGAAAGUUUACCUUCGAAAUAUGAUUUGCAGUUUGAGUUUGUACAAUUGGAUGCAGGUUAUGAAUUGUUCAAGAAAACAGGAACUGCCUUGCCAGACAAGACGGUGGAUAUUUUGAAGAAUGAGUGUGAUGGUGCCUUGUUUGGUGCUGUUUCCUCUCCAACUACUAAAGUAGCUGGUUAUUCUUCCCCAAUUGUUGCAUUGAGAAAGAAAUUGGGCCUUUAUGCCAACGUUCGUCCUGUUAAGUCCGUCAAAGGAAUUGGAAGACCUGUUGAUAUGGUCAUUGUCCGUGAAAACACAGAAGAUUUAUACGUCAAGGAUGAAAAGACGUAUGAGAAAGAAGAUGGAACCAAAGUUGCUGAAGCAAUCAAAAGAAUUACUGAAACUGCGCUGAAAAGAAUCGCAAAGAUGGCAUUCGACAUAGCUGUUCAAAGACAAGCAAUUAGAGAUGCAUCAUCAUCAUCAAGUGAACAACUCCACACGUCACCAUCAGUUACUGUCACACACAAAUCAAAUGUCUUGUCACAGUCAGAUGGUUUGUUCCGUGAAUCAUGUAAAGAGGUAUACGAUGCAAACAAGGAGAAGUAUAAAGAUGUUGAAUACAAGGAGCAAAUUGUUGAUUCAAUGGUUUACAAAAUGUUCAGGGACCCAGAAGUAUUUGAUGUGGUUGUUGCACCAAAUUUGUAUGGUGAUAUUUUGAGUGAUGGAGCUGCUGCUUUGGUCGGAUCAUUGGGUGUUGUUCCAUCAGCUAAUGUUGGUGACUCUUUUGCCAUUGGUGAGCCUUGUCACGGGUCCGCUCCAGAUAUCGAAGGAAAGGGUAUCUCAAACCCAAUCGCUACCAUAAGAUCUACUGCUUUGAUGUUAGAAUUUAUGGGGUACCCAGAAGCUGCCGCAAAGAUCUAUGAAGCUGUUGAUGCAAAUUUGGCUGAAGACAAAAUCAAGACUCCAGACUUGGGUGGACAAUCAUCUACAAAUGAGGUUGUUGAAGAUAUCAUCAAAAGAUUUUAA